AUGUCCCCUCCGCAUCUAACCCACACAUUCACCCUCCGCGUCCAAGCCGGCCCCUCAUCCUCAUCCCUACACUUCCCCCCCUCACAACCCAACCCAACCCGACACAUCACGCCCGUGAUCGGCGGCUUCCUCCAUGGCAUUCCCGGCACCCGAGCCGCAGGCCUCACCGCCACCCUCCUCCCCGGCGGCAGCGACUGGGUCCUUCGCGACGACACGAAAAAUAUCCUCCACCUGGACGUGCGCACCCAGGCACGCACCAGCUCAGGACAGGGCGUGUAUAUUCAGUACACGGGACAUUUAGUCCUUGAUGAGGCGACGGAGCGGUUUAUGAGGAGGGACGAAGGGGCGGGGAGUACGGCGUUUGGGGGGCAUGAGUGGUGGAUUACACCUCAUUUCGAGAUUGGCGAUCCCGAGUAUGAAUGGGUCCAAAGGGGGGUAUUUUUCGGGAGGGGUCGGUUUCAUCUCGAGGGGGAGUUUCGGGGGGUGGAGUAUGAGAUUUUUGAGGUGAGGAAUUGA